ACCAUCCAAGUCUGGAAAGUGAAAACAACAUCUAAUAAAUAAUAAUAGACAGCCUCACCUCCUCUCCUCACGCCCAUGUACAUUCUACAGUUACUUGAAUGUAUUCUGAUUUGUACCUUUACAUUCAUCUCUUGAACCAUCACCAGCUGCUACCGCCCCCACCCCCUUUUUUUUUUUUAAUCUCUUUUCUAGUUAAAAUCCAUCUUUAUAUAGUGUCAACACAUUACAUUUUGCGUUGCAGCAUUAGCGUUGGCACUUUGGCAUUCCCUGGCCAAAACCAAAACAAUUUCUCUCUGAAGUCUUGCUCAGGGAUUUAGAGAAGAUAAACCAUGAAGUUUUCUAUGAUUAUUGUGCUUAGCAGCACACUGCUGUUUUCGUGCACUCCACUAGCAUAUGCUCAAAAAGUAGCUAGUCCUCCAGCACCAACCCCAACUCCAUCCCCAGCACCAGCACCAUCACCUCCUUACGUUAACCUCACUGAUUUACUCUCUGUUGCUGGCCCAUUCCACAACUUCCUUAACUACCUUGAGUCCACUAAAGUCAUUGACACCUUUCAAAACCAAGCCAACAACACUGAUGAAGGCAUUACCAUCUUCGUACCAAAAGAUGAUGCCUUCAAAAAUCUCAAGAAGGCUUCUUUGUCAAACCUAACUCAAGACCAGCUCAAGCAACUCAUUCUUUUUCAUGCCUUGCCACAUUAUUACUCGUUGUCUGAUUUCAAGAACCUUAGCCAAGGGAGCCCUGUUAGCACAUUUGCUGGUGCAGGAGGAUAUGCUUUGAAUUUCACCGAUAAAUCUGGGACCGUGCACCUUGAUUCAGGAUGGUCUAAAACUAAAGUUAGUAGUAGUGUGCAUUCAACUGAUCCUGUUGCAAUCUAUCAAGUUGACAAAGUCCUCCUUCCUGAGGCAAUCUUUGGUACUGAUAUACCUCCAACCCCAGCUCCAGCACCAGCUCCUGACACCAGCCCUACUGCAGAUUCCCCAACAUCUGACGACUCAGCAGGAGCAGGGAGCGCCCCAGGAAAGUCCCCCCCAAAUUCUUCUUAUAGGAUCAAUGGUGUAGGUAUUUGGAGUCAAUUGGUUCUAGCUAUUGCAGGUGUGCUGGUCCUGUUUUUGUAAGGCAGGAUUUCAUUAUUGUGUAUUAAUUUAUGAGAAGAGGGUAUAUCUGGAUUAUGUCAUUUGUUUUGAUUUAAAACCAUUUUUUUUAUUAUACAUGUCAUUUGAUUUAUGUAUGUGAACUUGAGAGUUUUAUUUCUAUUCAACUAGAGUACUCUUGUCA